AUCAAAACUUCAUCCCUUUCAGCUUAAAAAGAAAAAGAAAGGAGAACCCUUUUCUUCUUUCUGAACUCUGUUUACAUCAGAAUAGUAAUAUGGCAAAGCUCUCAUACCAGAAGAGGUGAGUUUUUUAGAGAGAGAAAUAGUGAGAAAGGAAAAGGGCUCACUGGUCUAAACAAUGGCAAUCUGAUAAGGACAUGAAAGUUGGUACUUUGGUAGGCCACAGCCUGUCCAGCCAAUGACAUUGGUCUUUCCUUUCUUAUAGUCAGAUACAAAGACCACACCCCUCCUAACUCUUAUAUACAAUAAAGAAAAAAGAGAAGUAAAGAGAGAGAAAGAAAAAAAAGGAAAAGAAAGAAAUGUCUUGUCUUGAUAGUAGCUCACACCUCACAGUUCACACAUACACACACUUGCACAGACACACAUACCACCUUUAAUUCAAAAGCUCAAAUUUUCAAUUCAUUUUUUUUUCUUCAUAUCUCUCCCUCUACUCUCCUUGUCUUUUUCUCGCUUCUUUUAUUUUUAUUUUAUUUUAUUUUAAUUUCUUUUUUUGUUUAUUUUUGCCUUUCCUCCUUUCCACCUCCCUCCUGCAUUUUUUUUCUCUGUCAAAACCCUAGAUUUCAAAUCUAGGGUUUUGUUUUUCUUGUUGUGUUUAAGGGCAUGAUUGAAGAGCUGCCUGGGUUUUGGUGCUUGCUUUGCUGUCACUCUGUGAGCUUCUGAUUUUUCCACAUUUCUUCUGGGUACUCUCUGAUUUUUGGUGAUUUUAGGGUAGUUUUAGUUUUAGUUUUAAGCCUUGGCAUCAGUUUUUUUUUUCUUUCUUACCUGCUAUUGUUUUUUUUUUUUUUUUUGGGGUAAAAGAUCAAAAUUGCUUUGGGCUUUGCUAGAUUUUUCGUUACUUGAGAGAAACCCAUGUAAAACCCAUUGUUCUUUAAUUUCCCUGCACUUUCUCACUGUAGUUCUUUUAGGGUUAAAUUUUUUUAGUUGAUUUAUAGGAUCAGAUUUCCAAAGUUCGUUGCUUUCUAAAGCUUUUUCUUUCAGACUGAUAGUUUGAAAGUUUCAUCCAUAUACGACUGGACUCUUUGCUUGGAAGCUGUUCAAAGUUUUGGUAGAGAGUUAAAGUUUUGAACUUUGAGGAGAGGGUGUUUUCAAGACUUUACUUUUUAGCGAAUUAGAUUUAAAACAUUAUAGGCUUUUUUCAGUGACUAUUUUCUCACUAAAUGCAUGGAUGGGAGAGAAGCCAUGGCAUUGUCUGCUGGGUCAGCUUCAUACUACUUACAUAGGGGAGGGCUUGGUGGUUCUGGGUCUGGAUCACAACCUCCAGGUCUACAACAUGCCCCAUCUGGGUUCAGACCCUUGUCAAAUACUGGCAUUCCAAACCAAUCCAAUGUUAGGACCAACAACAACAACAACAACUCAAUGGGACCCUCAUUCUCAGUAGAGCCUUCUCGUGCCAAUUUUCCUCAUGGCACCAGAAUGAUUGUCAAUCCUGGAAUGCCUUCCAGUGAGCCUGUAAAGAAAAAGAGAGGGAGGCCUCGAAAAUAUGGCCCUGAUGGGCCUGUUUCUUUGAGACUUUCUUCCAUGUCUGCAACUCAAAAUCUUUCACCAGGCUCGGCACCCUCUGGCCCCAAGCGGAGUAGAGGACGGCCCCGAGGGACUGGGAGGAAACAACAGCUAGCUAGUCUUGGUGAAUGGAUGAACAACUCAGCAGGAGUUGCUUUUGCACCACAUGUUAUCACCAUUGGAGUUGGAGAGGAUGUUGUUGCUAAACUUCUUUCGUUUGCACAACAGAGGCCAAGAGCUCUGUGCAUAUUGUCAGGCAGUGGUAUAGUGUCUUCAGUUUCACUACGUCAACCUGCUUCUACUGGUGUCAGUAUCACAUAUGAGGGUCGUUUUCAAAUACUUUGCUUGUCAGGUUCUUACUUAGUUUCUGAGGAUGGUGGUCCCCGCCAUCGAACUGGUGGUGUAAGCGUUUCCCUUGCUAGUCCAGAUGGUCAAGUCGUUGGUGGUGGUGUGGCGGUGCUUAUGGCAGCUAGCCCUGUCCAGGUAGUAGUAUGCAGUUUUGUACAUGGUAGUGCCAAGUUCAAGAGUGGUGGUAAGCAAGAAGCUAGUGGCCCCAAGAGUGACGAGAGUUCCGAGCCUCAUCACCGUAGCAUGAGUAUUGAUAAAUUAGCUACACCAUCUAGUGCUCCUCCAUCUACUCAUCAGAAUUAUACACCCUCUGCUAGUGGAAUUUGGCCGGGUUCACGAGCGGGGGUCGAUCUGAGAACUCCCCACCACACCGGCAUCGACUUGACUCGUGGAUGAAACAUUAAAUGAAAAAAAGAAACAGAAAUUUGCAUAUGCAACAGACACAUGGCAAUUUUGUAUAUAUGUGUUGUUGUAAAUGAGAAGUACUGAAUCUGUGAGAAUUGUAACUUUGUACAACUCUUUCUUCACAUCCUAUGGUGUGGUAAAUGAGUUUGUGCUAACAUAUCUUGUAACAAAAGCCAUCAUUGUCAUCAUUUUGAGGUUUGGGUAACAAUAGUGUUAACUUGUUGAAGAAGUUUCUGGUUAUUUGGAGGUCAAGUACACUCUCAUAUGUAGCUUAUGAUACAUUCAUUUCCAGUAAGUUUUCAUUCUUCUUUUUUUAA